CAGCCUCCCUCUGCCUCUCCUCAUCCGACCAGUGUCUCUCCUCCACUCAGUCAUCUCUUAAACCAUUAAACAACCACAGAGGACGAUCAGCCUUUCACCUCGCUACAGAAUGCCUUUCGGAGGAGGAAACAAGUGCGGCUGCUGCCAGAAAACCGUCUACUUCGCCGAGGAAGUGCAGUGUGAGGGGAAGAGCUGGCAUAAAACCUGUUUUCUGUGCAUGGUCUGUAAGAAGAACUUAGACAGCACCACAGUGGCCGUCCAUGUGGAUGAGAUCUACUGCAAAUCGUGCUAUGGCAAGAAAUACGGGCCAAAAGGCUACGGCUUCGGAGGUGGAGCCGGCACUCUGAGUAUGGACACAGGAGAGGGACUGGGAAUAAAGCCUGAAGUACAAGCUCCUUUUCGCCCUACAAACAACCCCAACGCCUCAAAGUUCGCCCAGAAACCAGGAGGCUCAGAUGUGUGUCCCCGAUGCGAGAAAACAGUGUACGCAGCCGAGAAGAUUGUCGGAGGAGGCAAUUCCUGGCAUAAAGGCUGCUUUCGAUGCGCCAAGUGUGGAAAAGGACUCGAGUCCACGACGGUCGCUGAUAGAGACGGGGAGAUCUUCUGUAAAGGCUGCUACGCAAAGAACUUCGGCCCCAAAGGGUUCGGCUUCGGUCAGGGUGCAGGAGCUCUGGCUCAUUCCCAGUGAAGCCUGAAGCCUCGGCCCACCUGGGACCGACAUCGCUCUGAUAGCAGCGCUUCCAGGAUCCUUCAGUCGAUAUAUCCAGCCUAUUUUACUCUGCCCGUUCACUCCAGCUAAAGGCAAAGAGGAAUGAAAGACGCUCACAAUGCACAGCUUUUUGUACGAGUUCACAAGAGUAGAUUUUGCUUUUUGUGUUGCAUUUUAUUCUGGAUUAUGAGGUCCUAGUUUUUGACUGCUUGAAAAACAAGAUAUCAUGCUAAAUAUUUUAAAACACACUAAAUUCUAAUGCUGUGUUUGGAUGUGCACGUUGUAUGUGAUUUAAAAAGAAAACAAAUUAAACUGGUUGCAAUACGAAAGAGACACUUCCACUGUAAUAACAGAAUGAAGUUUGGCAAAUGUCCUGACUCACCAAAAGAACAGUCCUGCAAAAUGUAACAAUCUAACUCUACCUAAAAAAGUAUAUAAAAGAUGAUACACUGUAAUAACAGAAUGAAGUUUGGCAAAUGUUGAGUUUGAUUAACAUCUGAAUCAGUGUAUGUGUGUGAGCAAGAACAAAAUAAGAUCAAGAUGUUUCAAGACUGACAGCUGCAAAAAAAACAAGCUCCCAUAAUGCUUCAGGUACACUCAAGAUAAAGCUCUCCUUUAUGCCUUACUGUCUUUAGAUGGGCUUUAUUGCUAAGACAUUAAUUAAAUAUCAGGCAACCUAAAAACACAAACAAACAAUGGAUUUUUUCUUAUUCCCUGUGAUGCAAAGUUUGGCAUGCACAAAUGUCACUCUGGUUUGAUGAAAUCAUCCUGUUUGUUUUUGUGGUGUUGGGUGUGCUUGUUAUUCGUUCUGAUCAUCAUCAAACAGAGCAAAAUGCCAGUUUUUGUGGUGAACAAUGGAGUCGUAGUGCUCAGGCCCGUCUCUGCCUGCUCCGAGGAGUUGGCACACUGACCAAAGCCCCAGGCAGCUGUUUGUUAGUGUGAGUCACUACAGGUCUGAAAUCACUAGGGAUCUGUUCCAGAGUGCUCAUUUGUUUACAUUUAUAAUAAGUGGAACAAAAAAUGUAUUUAAUCUCCCUCUCUCUGACAUUAUAGGCAUUUUAAAAUUAGAUUUAUUUUUGCUUUAAAUUUCCUGCAAAAAUACCGGGACAUGGUUUCCUUCAGUCCACCAGAGGCCAUUUGUUAAAAUUAGCUCCACCUUUACCAGCUGCAGCAUUAAAGUGAUGAACACCACAGGCUCCUUUGAGAUGAGCCGAGUCUCGCCUGGAAAGUGGACGACAUCAGACAUCGGCAGCAGGAGGGGUUAGCUGCCGUCAAGUCAGACAGUUUCUAGCAGACUUCAAAGAAUACACAGGAAGUCACAGUAAUAGCUGCAUGCUGUUAGAUCCAAUCUGUAAGAUACUUGUAGUUUGCAUUAUAUAUAUACGUGAAAAUGUAUCUGGCAUUGUAUUGAUUCUUUCCUUUGUUCUUUUAUGUCUGCCUCGUAAAACAAUCUGGUGCUCGUUUUGACAAGAUGUGUUUUUAGA